CCUUUUUCCUUUUUAAUGAAAUAUCUGAUUAUAUAAUGGAUUAUGGUAGCAUAAAUGUCAGUAGUUGCUAUGAGAUAGUCGUGACAAGUGUAAUAAUGGAUAGGCAAAUGUUACUUCUACUAAUUGGAUUGUGUACACUUCGAUCGGUAUUAGGACAGUCCGAUUUACAGAUUGUAAUCGAUAACAUUAAUUUAAAAACGAAUGAAGAAUACAUUCAAAAUUGUAAAAUGGAUCCUUGCGAGACCAGCGACAUGGUACCCACAUUAACUAUCGACUGUCAAUUCGUGAAGGAAAUACCUGAAGAAGCUAUAUUACACAUUGUCUUAUAUGGAAUGAGUAAUGGCGAGCCUACUGAUCCAACUGGUGUUGAUAUAGAAAUGAGUUCGUGCCAAAUGAUAAACGAUACUAUGAUUAUGGGUCCGAUUUUAAAGGCUAUGAAGAUGUCCUUAAAAUGUCCAAUACCAGCGACAAAUGUGUUUCUAAAAUGUUUUGCUAUACCGUUGAACGAGUUUCCUGAUUAUUUUCCAUCUGGAGAAUACAAUUUCAAUCUUGUUCUCAAAUAUGAAGAUGUUAAUCUGUUUGUAAUAGAUAUGUAUUUGACUUUCUAUUGAUAUAACUUCUUAUUAUUUCUCACUUCUUUAUAUUUCGUCAGAAUUUUUAUCAAUUGAUGGAAUAGAAGAAUAAAAUUCAUUCCGCGAUAUGCGAAUACUUACAUGGAUGUAUUAUAUAAAAUAUAUACCUACAAUAAUUAAUUAGAUUCGAAUGUUAAUUGAUUUUCUUGAUAUGCUUUUCCUUUUUUCUUUCAACUUUCAUUUCGAUGUAAUUUCGAAGCACGUCAAAUAAAUAAUUAUAAUCAAUAUAUGAAAAUGAGAUGAG